CAAUGGGAGGGCGGCGGUUGUUAAAGGGCCGGCGACCUGGAGGGGAGAGUUGGGCGCAGGAAGCCUGACAAAUAGGAAAAUACUACAAAGUGAAGAGAAAAUUCACUUCACGAGAUCUGAGCUCUGCUUUCAUUGGCUUUUAAAUUUUAUUUGUAGUAAUAACUGAUUUGUGUCAGAUCACCUCUGUAGUCUACUGUGGUGAAAUUAUUAGGUUAAAGCUGGAAAAAAUGAAACAAUUAAAAAGAAAAAGAAAAAGCAAUUUUAGUGUUCAGGAAACUCAAACUCUCCUUAAGGAAAUCAGAAAAAGGAGAGAAGUACUCUUUUCAAAGCAACUUAAUACAACAAUUAAUGAGAUGAAACGGAAAGCUUGGGAGGAAAUAGCAGAGUGUGUAAAUGCUGUAGGUGAAGGAGAGCAAAGAACAGGGACAGAAGUGAAAAGGCGAUACCUUGACUGGAGAGCACUCAUGAAGAGAAAACGUCUGAAUGCGAACAUCAAAGUAGUAGGUGCUGGGUUUCACCUUCCUUCAUCCAAUUUAGAUGACUCUCUCAACGAAGACAUGGAUGAGAAAAUGGGAUUUGCAAUUGAAUCUAGUUUUGAAUGGCAAAAUAUCACUGACUUCAGAGAAGCCGGUGGAUCUUUAACAGAAAUCAAAGUAGAAGAGGAAGAGGAGGAUCCACAGAAUUUUGAAUUUCCUAUUGAGGAAGAAGAAGAAAUUUUGUCAUCAGUUUUGCCAGAUUCGAAAAAGGAAAAUGACCUACCAGACUUCCCCCACAUUGAAGAGUUUGGAAAUCUAAGCUCUGCUCAAGCUAGGCUAGCCUAUGAAGAUUCUCACUUGCUUAUAAAUCUGGAGAAGCAAAAGGUGGAGCUGGAGAAGCAGCGACUAGACAUUGAAGCUGAAAGAUUGCAAGUGGAGAAGGAGCGCCUGCAAAUUGAAAAAGAACGGUUGCGGCAUGUUGACUUGGAGCGUGAGAGACUUCAGAUUGAGAAGGAGCGACUUCAGAUUGAAUGGGAGAAACUCAGGCUAGAGACUCUGCAUGCUGAAAAACCUGCCCUGGAAAAUGACCUCACCCAAGAAAAACCCAUCAUGCAGCCUCUGGAUCUAGAAACUGAAAAGUUAAAACUUGAAAAAGAACGUUUGCAGUUAGAGAAAGAGAGGCUGCAGUUCCUGAAGUUUGAGUCAGAGAAGCUGCAGAUUGAGAAGGAACGCUUGCAAGUGGAGAAGGAGCGCCUUCGAAUUCAGAGAGAGGGUCACUUGCAGUGAACUUCUCAACUGAAGUGUCAACAUUAGUGUUUUGAUGUUUGUGAAAUAGAGGUAGUUCUUUUCUUAAUACUGAAACUGUCCUAGAGGCUUAACACUCUUCUGUUCGGAGUUGAAUGUUGAUGUUAAACUGAAAAAGAAA